AUGGCAGCAGAACCGGACUCUGCGGUUCGCCAGCGGAAAGCUGGUGCCGAGACAGCCGACACAGCGGUGCGAGAUACCCAGCCAUCAAGUGACGAGGGAGGAAAGAAGAAGAGAAGCAAGAAAGGCAAGAGGGUGGACACGGAUGAGGUUGAGUAUGGGAACCCGUGGGUCGACGUCCUGCGAGUCCUGUCCUUCCUGCUGUUCGUCUCGUGCGGCGCCAGCUACCUCGUCUCGGGCGGAGAGUCCUUCUUCUGGAACAUGAAGGUGCCGCCAAAGUACCUGCGUGUGGAGACAUGGAAGGGCCUAUUUAACGGGCCCCGGUACAUAACCCCGGAAGAACUCACCCUGCACGACGGUUCCGACCCGACCAAGCCCAUCUACCUUGCCAUCAAUGGCUCCGUAUACGACGUCACCGCCGGCUCGCGCGUCUAUGGACCCGGCGGUUCCUACCACGUCUUUGCCGGCGUCGAUGCUUCCCGCGGCUUCGUCACGGGCUGUUUCGCCGAGGAUCGCACACCCGACAUGCGCGGGGUCGAGGACAUGCACCUGCCACUCGACGACCCGGAGGUGGACAGUCACUGGAGCAAAUCCGAGCUCAAGAAAUUGAAGGAGCAGGAGCGGCGCGAGGCCAAGAAGAAGACUUAUGAUGCGCUGAAGCACUGGGUGGAUUUCUUUGGAAACAGCCAGAAGUACUCGUUCGUUGGCUAUGUGAAGAAAGAGGAGGGGUGGCUCGAGAAGGAGCCCAAGAAGGAGCUGUGUGAGCAGGCGAAAAAAGGCAGGAAGCCCAGGAAGAUCCCCGAGGACAGGAAGUAA